AUGCCACUCCUAAACCGCGGCAUUUCCCUGCCCAUCCGCCUGCUGGCCUCUCUCAUCGCUCUCUACGUUCUCGGUGUAUCAGCAUACCACAUCCACCAGCGGCGCCCCAACAUCUCCUCGACCCUUUAUGCGGUAACCGUCAUUUCCGGUGUCGGCGCGAUAUGGGCGAUUUUUAGUGCGAUGGUGAUAUGCUGCAUCAAGCGACCGUCGCUGCUCAUGCCCACAGCCCUGUUGGAUCUGAUAUUCAUGGGAGGUUUUGUCGCGAUUGCCGUGCUGCUCCGCAGGGAUGCACGGACAACUUGCGGAAGCAGCAAGCUCU